GUCUCACUCCUGUGUCUGGCUUCUGUUGCAGAGGCUGAGGGGAUCUGGCAGCAGAGUGCUAGGACCAGACACCCCCGCGAUGACCAGUUCCCCUGUUUCCAGAGUCGUCUACAACGGCAAGAGGAACAGCAGCCCCCGCUCUCCCACCAACAGCAGCGAGAUCUUCACCCCAGCCCAUGAGGAGAAUGUACGCUUCAUUUACGAAGCUUGGCAGGGCGUGGAGCGGGACCUGCGGAGCCAGCUGUCGGGCAGCGAGCGAGGCCUCGUGGAGGAGUACGUGGAGAAGGUCCCCAACCCCAGCCUGAAGACCUUCAAACCCAUUGACCUGAGUGACCUGAAGCGCCGGAAUCCCCAGGACACCAAGAAGUCUUAGAGUACCCGUCACCCCUCCUGGCCUCCGGAAGAUCAGGGAUCAGGAGGGAGAAGAGGGAGCCUCUGUUGUCUCUCGGGCUGGUAGGACUGGGCUGGUUUUGUCGUUGAGGUGGCCAGGACUCAGGACAAGGGCAGCCCCACCCCAUCCAGCCUAGGCCCUCAUGGACCCCUGUUGCUCCUCCAGCCUGGAACAUUGGGGAGCUUCUAGCCUCCCCACCCCCGACCAGCCUAGCCCCUACCGUGCAUCAACUUCAAGAUGGCACUAGCUCUCUGGGCCUGGGACACUGCUGGGCCCCCCAAAGGAGUCCCGGCAACCCCGCCCGGCCUCCUGGUGUCUUGCACCUGGGGGCAGGGUUGCUGAGGCUGACCCUGAGGUGGUGGUGCUGCCGGUUUGUUCUGGCUCUAGGGUGUGCUGGGAGGGUCACCAGGGCUCCCUUUUCUUCCUGUGCCCCUCGAAAGCCAAGUGUCUUUGUGGCUCUGGAGCCUGAGGGUCUGAAUAAAGGUGGGAGGCACUGGAA